CAUUCCAUCCUCCACAAGAGGACAGGGAAGAAUCUUGUUCGCGUUGAGCCGCCGCAGACCUUCCCUUUCCCCACGCGCAGGCGAUCCCUCGAAUCCACCGCACCAUCCCCACUCUCCCUCGAUCGGAUCCGCCCGCCCGCCGCGCCGGUCAAUCGACGAUGACGCUGGGCAGCUCCGGCGCCGGAUCGAGCGUCGUCGUUCCUCGGAACUUCAGGCUGCUAGAAGAGCUUGAGCGCGGGGAGAAGGGCAUUGGAGAUGGAACUGUCAGCUAUGGAAUGGAUGAUGCUGAUGACAUAUACAUGCGGUCAUGGACUGGCACCAUUAUUGGUCCUCACAAUACUGUCCAUGAGGGUCGCAUCUACCAGCUGAAGCUGUUUUGUGACAAGGACUACCCUGAGAAGGCACCAUCUGUUAGAUUCCAUUCAAGAAUCAACAUGGCUUGUGUUAAUCACGAGACCGGGGCGGUUGACCCGAAGAAGUUCAGUGUGCUAGCAAACUGGCAGCGAGAGUACACAAUGGAGCAUGUCUUGACCCAGCUGAAGAAAGACAUGGCAGCGACCCAGAACCGCAAGCUAGUGCAGCCUCCAGAAGGGACAUUCUUCUAGCGGAGUGUCUGCUGGCCCAUCUCAUCUCCAGUUCCAACAGCAGCGAUCUAUAUCACUCCCAUGGGAUUUGAAAUCUACAUUCGGCGUCUGCUGCCUGCAGAUCUUUUCCCAGUUUUAUGUGAAACCUGUUCCUCGCGAUCCGCCCGAUUGCCGUUAAAAGGAGAUGGAAUGAAACAUGUACCGGUUUGGCGAUUUGGUGGUACUAAUUAAGGUCUGUAAUUGAAGAAACGACCCGCAUCAAGGAAAUAUAAUAUGUGUUUGCGUGUGUGCACAAGUA